UGACUUUGCCUCCACGCUGCUGGGCAGCCGCUGAUCACGCGCAGCCGCCGCCCGCCCAUUGGCCAGGGCCUCACACACCUUUGCAGGCGAUUGGCCGCGCCUGGCGCCCGCCUUUGCUCGCGCUGCGCUGGGGAGCCGCCACCUGAAUGGGGAGCUGCCUGCGAACAAAAAGAGGAAAAUAAAGACAGCGGCAGGCAGAGAACGCCCGGGGCGGGGAGGGAACUUGUCAACAGCUGCAGCCUCGCUGGUUCAGCAUCAGGGCUGCAGCCUGACAGGGGGGGUGGGGGAGAGAGAGGCGCCUUCCAUCGGGGGUCAUGCUGAAUUUUGGAGUGUCUCCUUUCCAGCUUGCUCAGGAAGGAAUGGAGGUGAUAAAUGAAAAGCAGCACAUUAGGAGUGAUUUUGAAGCAGUAGAAGCUUUAAUGUCCAUGAGCUGCAGUUGGAAAUCAGACUUCAAGAAGUACGUUGAACUGAGACCAAUAACACCAGCAUCAGAUACGUCUGAAGAAAUUGAGGACAACCUGCUCCCUUCUACUGACUUUCAAAUAUCAGCCUUUUGCUUGACGCCGCCCUACAGCCCUUCUGACCUUGAAAUGGCUCAGGCAGUCCAUCCCAUUGCACCAGCGCCACCUACUGUAAAGAGCAAGUCACUUGUUGACGCUUCUGAGCAGGGCGCUCCAACAGCUUUUAAGAAGACUGAAAAAGUUUCAGAAUCGAGAAUGCUGAAAGCACAGGCGACAAGUGUCAUUCGCCAUACAGCCGAUGCUCAGCUUUGCAGUCACAGAACCUGUCCAGCAAGAACAGACAGCAUUUUGAGGUGUCGGGAUGAUUACACAAGGGAAGCAAAGCAACAAGGCAAUGCAGAAGUGAAACAAAAUCCAUCUUGUGAAAGCGUGUCACUGGCUGCUGCAAUGUCUGAAGAUAAGCAGCCCGAUGUGAAAGAAGAAAAACAUUCAGUGUUGGCAGUCAGUCCAGUGCCUUUCAUGCAGACCACACUCAGUAGUCCUCUGCCUGUGCCUGGUUCAGCACAACGCUCUUCCCUGGUAGUUCCCACAUCUCCUGUGCAAGCAGGGGGAGUCCCUCCUGUGCCAUUGGUUUGCCAGAUGGUUCCGCUGUCUGCUAACAACUCUGUUGUGACAGCAGUAGUACCCAACACUCCCUGCAGUCAGUUGUCACCAAACCUUUGUCAGCCUAUGGUGUUCAUGGGAGCCCAAGUUCCCAAAGGAGCUGUUAUGUUUGUUGUUCCACAGACUGUUGUUCAGAAUCCAAAAGCACCUGUGAUCAGUCCCAAUGGCACCAGGCUCUCACCUAUCGCUCCUGCUCCAGGUUUUGCUCCUGCUGCAACAAAAAUCACUCCAUCCAUUGACUCUUUAAGAAUAAGAAGCCAUGUGUGCAGCUAUCCAGGAUGUGGAAAAACAUAUUUCAAGAGUUCCCAUUUGAAAGCACAUGUUAGAACACACACAGGAGAGAAGCCAUUCAGCUGUAGUUGGAAGGGCUGUGAUAGGAGAUUUGCACGUUCUGAUGAACUGUCUCGCCAUCGCAGAACGCACACAGGAGAGAAAAAAUUUGCCUGUCCAAUGUGUAAUCGCCGAUUCAUGAGGAGUGACCACUUAACAAAGCAUGCACGUCGCCACUUGUCAGCCAAGAAGUUACCAAACUGGCAGAUGGAAGUGAGCAAAUUAAAUGAUAUUAUUGUACCUCCUGCUUCUGAUCUUGCACAGUGAAAUAACACCAACUGACAAUACUGUUAACUAACUACUAUCACUGUGGUUGGAGGUUCAUGGUGACACAAAACAGCUUGCAAAAGGUCUGUGGUUCUGCACUGUCAUCCUUUGAUGGUGCAAGAACAGACGGAGAGGCAGUGGCUGGCUGUACUUCUGAGAGGAGCAGUGACCAGAAGGGCUGGAGGUUUCCUUUGUACUUGGAGAAGUGGAAGUGUCAAUGCCAGCACAAGAAUGUGGCUUUAAACAUGUGGAAAACUAUUCAGCUGCUCAAUGCAUCAGCUAGGUUUAAGCCAGAGUUAUGCAGGUGUUCUGAAGAGCUGUUGUAAACAAAAUACAUAAGAAUACCAGUUUAUGAUACGGAAUCGGGGAUGACCUGUUUAUAGCAGAGUGCUGUAAUUUCCUUUUGGUUUAUUCUCUGAGGCCCAAUUAUGAAAGAUGAUGGAAUUCCACUAGUGUACCUCCAUAUCUUAGCAUAUAAACUAUAGCUGUUCCAAACAACUGGUAAGCAUAGACUUGAGUGAGAGAUGCUGUAUGGUUCCAGUUGAUCUAUUCAAUUAUUACUACAAGCAAGUCCAAUAGUAUUUUUACUAUACCCUUAGAAAACAACAUGAUUAGUACCAUUAGCUAUACCAGCAUCUUUGAAUAUUUCUGCUUUUAAGUUGUGUAUUGUUUCCUGUAUACCUAUACAGUUCUAUACCACUGAAUUUUUCAAAACCUUGAUACAGUGCACUUUGUUUAAAAUAUAAUCCUUAAAGAGUAAACUACGCAGCUUGUAUUCAGAAGGAAGGACAAAGGUUGUAUGGUAUGCUACUUUCUGAGAAGUUACUCUGGAGGAUAGUUUAUGAUAGAAGUAUAUAAGUUGUUUUUAUAUAUUGAAGGUAUAGUUUAAAAUUGAUUAAAAUCAGUAAAAUGGGGGUUGUGUAGGAAAUGGAGAGAGUAAAGACACCAGCCCCAAAUGCCAGGAUUAUCCAAGCAUUUUUCUGCUUUAUAUUGUACCAUACUGAAGAAAAGUGAACUAUUGGAGAAUGGUGUAAUAUCUAUUUUGUGACUACUUUAAAAUUUUUGCACACUAUUUCUUAUAAUGUACUUUAUACCUUGUUUACAAUAAAGACAGUUUUCUUUAAUAUAAAA